AUGGUUUCCCGACCGACUGUUUUUCUCAUCGGAGCUGGAUAUAUCGGCCUGAAUGUUCUCGAUGAGCUUCUUACCGCGGAGUACCCAGUAACAGUCUUGACCCGGCAUCCCGAGCAGGCCUCAGUCCUUGCGGAGCGUAACGUCAAACCCGUUUUAGGCUCUUUGAGUGAUGUGGAACUUCUCACAGAUCAAACUGCAAAACAUACCAUCACCAUCAACACGGCAUCCUGCGAUGACUUACCAAGUGUGCAAGCAAUUCUAGCUGGCAUACGGCAAAGAGUUGCUGCAGGUACACCGGCUAUCUAUAUCCACACCAGCGGAGGAGGAGUACUCGAAGAUGGCGCAUUGGGCAUGAAUAAAAGUGAGAAGAUAUACCACGACAACCAGCCAGAGGAGAUUGAAUCCCUCCCGUCUACCUCUAUGCACCGACACGUCGACAUUCCUAUAGCCCAGGCCGCACGUGAAUUCGGAGAUCGAGCAAAGAUUGCCGUGAUUCUCCCGCCACUUGUGUACGGAUUAAACCCUGUCCAUAAGCGCCAUUCGAUUGCCCUGCCUGCGUUGGUCCGCUUUGCUUUGAAACGCGGCUUUGCUGGGUACGUGGGUGCGGGCCAUAAUGUGUGGAGCUUGGUGCAUGUCAGAGAUCUUGGCCGUGCAUAUUUGACACUGCUUGGUUUCGUCGAAAGCUCGUCGCCAGCAGUCAUUUUAGAGAACCCUUAUUUCUUCGCUGAGAAUGGAUCUGAGUCUUCUCUUCUUGAGCUUGCAAGCCAUGUAAGUCAGGUCCUAUACGAAGCAGGCAAAUUGGAGAGCCCCGUGGCUCAUACCUUUGCGGAAUCUGAUUAUGAUGACGUUUUUGGCCCUAUGACUGGAAGAGGCUUUGGUUGCAACUCGAGAAGUCGCUCUGUCAGACUGCAAGCUUUGGGUUGGAAACCGACGGAAAGGGAUAUUUGGACAAGUCUCAAAGAAGAGGAGAUUCCAGCUUUGUUGUUGGGUUAA